AUGAACUCCAACUCUGAUUAGUAAGAUUUCUUUUAUAAUUUACUUAGUCAUUUCCUAUUCAAGGUUUUACUGAUCGGAAAUUCCGGUGUGGGCAAAUCGUGUAUGCUUAUGCGUUAUUCUGAAAACUAAUUCACAAACAACUUUUACAACACAAUAGGAGUUGAUUUCAAAACCAAAACUAUUGCUUUGGGAGAGCACAAUGUUAAACUGCAAAUUUGGGAUACUGCAGGUCAAGAUCGAUUCAGAACAAUCACAUGCAGUUAUUAUAGAGGGGCUCAAGGAAUCAUAAUCGUUUAUGACAUCACUGAUAGAGAGUCCUUUGAAAAUGUGAAAACUUGGAUGGCAGAAAUCGAUAAAUAUGCCUCAGAAUCAGUAAAUAGAUUAUUAGUUGGCAACAAAGCAGAUAUCACUGAGCGAAGAGAAGUAUCAUAUGAAGAAGGACUAGAAUUAUCGAGAUUAUAUUAAAUUCCAUUUUAUGAAACCAGCGCCAAAUCGUCAAUCAAUAUUGAAGCUGCCUUCACGCAUAUCACAAAAAACAUAUUGAAUCGAGAACUUCAUAAUACGAGGGCUGUAGUUAGGAAGACAUCGAAUUUAAGACUCCAAAAUAGAUAAUAACAAUAACAACAAGAGAAGAAAAAGUAAGAGGAUCUUUGCUGUUGACUUUUAUUAUAUUUUCAACCUAUAGAUGGAUAUAUAAAAAAGUAUA